AGGAGGAGACGGGGUUGUGCUCCUGGGCAGCGGAGGAGCGAGGGGCGGGGCCGGCGAGCGGCGCGUGCAGGUGCCAGGCUCCCGGGCUCCGGCGGGCGCGCGAGCGGCUCCGUGGGCCCCCGCCGCCGCAGUGGCAGUGGCCGCCGCCGCCGCUUGGUCGCCGUCGGUCUGCGGGAAGCGGGUUAUGGCGGCGGCGGCAGUGGGAGCUGUGAAUGAGUUCUCCGGCCGGACGACGGAAGAAGAAAGGCUCGGGCGGCGCGAGCCCGGCGCCCGCCAGGCCUCCGCCCCCCGCCGCGGUCCCCGCCCCUGCCGCCGGCCCGGCCCCUGCGGCCGGCUCGCCGCCUAAGCGGAACCCGUCUUCCUUCUCGUCCCCGCUGGUCGUCGGCUUCGCCCUGCUGCGCCUGCUGGCCUGCCACCUGGGGCUCCUCUUCGCGUGGCUCUGCCAGCGCUUCUCCCGCGCCCUCAUGGCCGCCAAGAGGAGCUCCGGGACCGCGCCGGCGCCCGCCUCGCCCUCGCCCUCGCCCCCAGCGCCCGGACCGGGUGGCGAGGCCGAGAGCGUCCGCGUCUUCCACAAGCAGGCCUUCGAGUACAUCUCCAUUGCCCUGCGCAUCGACGAGGAAGAGAAAGCAGGACAGAAGGAACAAGCUGUGGAAUGGUAUAAGAAAGGUAUCGAAGAACUGGAAAAAGGAAUUGCCGUUAUAGUUACGGGCCAAGGUGAACAGUAUGAAAGAGCUAGACGCCUUCAAGCCAAAAUGAUGACUAAUUUAGUUAUGGCCAAGGACCGUUUACAACUUCUAGAGAAGCUGCAACCAGUUUUGCAAUUUUCCAAGUCACAGACGGACGUCUAUAACGAGAGUACUAACCUGACAUGCCGCAAUGGACAUCUCCAGUCAGAAAGUGGAGCAGUUCCGAAGAGGAAAGACCCCUUAACACAUGCUAGUAAUUCAUUGCCUCGAUCAAAAACUGUCCUGAAAAGUGGCUCCGCAGGGCUCUCCGGUCACCACAGGGCGCCUAGUUGCAGUGGUUUGUCCAUGGUUUCUGGAGCAAGACCGGGACCUGGUUCUGCAGCUACCACACAUAAGGGUACUCCAAAACCAAAUAGAACCAACAAACCUUCUACACCCACAACUGCAGUUCGGAAAAAGAAAGACUUGAAAAAUUUUAGGAAUGUGGACAGCAAUCUUGCUAACCUUAUAAUGAAUGAAAUCGUUGACAAUGGGACAGCUGUUAAGUUUGAUGACAUAGCCGGGCAGGAGCUGGCAAAGCAAGCGCUGCAGGAGAUUGUCAUCCUUCCUUCUCUGCGGCCUGAGUUGUUCACAGGGCUCAGAGCUCCUGCUAGAGGCUUGUUACUCUUCGGUCCGCCAGGAAACGGAAAAACAAUGCUGGCUAAAGCAGUAGCUGCAGAGUCGAAUGCGACCUUUUUCAACAUAAGUGCUGCAAGUUUAACUUCAAAAUAUGUGGGAGAAGGAGAGAAACUGGUGAGAGCUCUCUUUGCUGUGGCUCGAGAACUUCAACCAUCUAUAAUUUUUAUAGAUGAAGUUGACAGUCUUUUGUGUGAGAGACGGGAAGGGGAGCACGACGCUAGCAGACGGCUAAAGACGGAAUUUUUAAUAGAAUUCGACGGGGUGCAGUCUGCUGGAGAUGACAGAGUACUUGUAAUGGGUGCAACUAACAGGCCCCAGGAGCUUGAUGAAGCUGUUCUCAGGCGUUUCAUUAAACGGGUAUAUGUGUCAUUACCAAAUGAGGAGACAAGACUCCUUCUGCUUAAAAACCUGUUAUGUAAACAAGGAAGUCCACUGACCCAAAAAGAACUCGCACAGCUUGCUAGAAUGACCGAUGGAUACUCUGGAAGUGAUCUGACCGCUUUGGCCAAGGAUGCAGCCCUGGGUCCUAUCCGAGAACUGAAACCAGAGCAGGUGAAGAAUAUGUCUGCCAGUGAGAUGAGAAAUAUUCGAUUAUCUGACUUCACAGAAUCCUUAAAAAAGAUAAAACGCAGUGUGAGUCCUCAGACCUUAGAAGCAUACAUACGCUGGAACAAGGACUUUGGAGACACCACUGUUUAAAGGAAUGGAUGCCUCUGUGAGCCCACAGAACAUCGCACUUCACAAGAAACAAGAGCUUUGGCUACAGGAACCCAGACUUCGUUUACAGGACGUUUUAGAGUUUUCAUUUUUGUGCACCAAACUUGAAGAGGAACAAGAAGACAGACCUAAAUAAAAUAUGCAAUAUGAAUGGAAUUUUUGUUCAAGGCCUUCUUGCGUGAUGGUGAUGGUUUUGUUUUCUCAGUGGGCACUGUUAGAGCACAGCAAAAGCAGAUUCUGGUUCAUUACUGAUUAUAAUCAUUCUGUAAAUAAUAAUUUGUACAUUGCAUCCAGAUGACAGUAUUGCAGAGACAGUGGGUGGUGGAAGACACAGAGCCCUCCCUCCAGUGUCUGUCUCCUGGUGUCUGUCUUGCAGCAGCCUGGUUUCUGGUUUCCUGUCCUACUCUUCCCUUAGCGCCCUGUGAUUGGGAUACCAAGGGUUCGAGCUCUUCCUGCUUCCUUACCAGCUCAGUGUGCCAAGUGGAAAGCUUUCCAUCUGCAGUAAGAGCUGUAGGGAGACUUUUGUCCACCUGGAUACACAACCAUUAAACACUUAGAGGGUUCUUUCACAUUCUGUUUUUCUCUUUUAUUGCCUUGCUGCCAAACAGUUUAGAAAGCAACUUAAGAGCAACAGCAAGAGAAAAUGUGGCACGGCCAGGGUUUGAGAGUUUGAGUCACUCUGUCUGUGUAACACGUGCAUCAGUCCUUGUGUGCCCUGCAGUAUUUUUUUCUAAUAUGCCAGAAAUCCACUGUAGACUUAACUUACUCCAUCUGGAAUUCGUUUUUGUUGAAGUUAUUCUAAUACUUUAGAGAGCCAGUUUUAACUUAUAAAUUGAGGUACCAGUGUGAGAGAAGGGACAUAUUAGGAGCUAAGACAUUUCUAACUUAUUGCUUAUCACUUUCUUACUGUUUACAGACAACUAAAUGCCAGUGGCACUACCACCUCUACUAAUUACUGUCCCUUCAAUGAAACUUAAAUUACCGAAUUUUUCUACAUGGCAUAUGUUUUAUAGGUUUCUUGUGCUUACUUUGUAACUAAAAAGCGUUAGCCUAAUGGUCUACCUUUUGUUUCUGUAAAAUGUAUAGUAAUUCGUUGUUGUUUGUGUAAAUAUGGCCGGACUUUUAUUAUAAAAAUGCAUUAUAGGAAGUAGAGGCUCAUGUGAGGCCUUUUAAGAACUGUAUAAAGGCAAAUAGAUAUUUGCCAUUAGUUUACUGGUUAAAAGUUUGUUUACAGAAUUUUUCUUUGGUGCUUAAACGAUGCUAUGUAAAACUUAAUGGGUAGAAGGAAUAAUUCUGGGGUAGCAACAGCCAACAUCUCAUGUAAGAAACCUGUCUGAGAAAACGUACUAAAAUACUUGCUCUUUCCCCCAGAUACAAUUUUUAUGAUAAAGACAUACAUCCUCAGUUUUACCCUUGCUCUUGUUAAAGAUUUAUUACCUAAAUAUAGAAGAUGGAUUCUUUCUUUUCCUAGGGUCAUAUGCUGUUUAUAGCUGUAAUUUAAAUCAUAUCUCUUAAUUAUGAUUUUAGACAUCCCUCGAUCAUAAAAAUGAAGUUUUGGUCAAUAGGAAAACAAAUUUAACCAAAGCUGUGCAUAAUUUUUGUUGUGGGCAGUGUCUUUUUAAGGUCUCAAAUGUUAAUGCACCAGUUAUAAAAUAAUAAUCCCACCCGGUGAUGGUGAGAGGAACUGCAGUAGUCCUACGCCAGACAUCUACAAUCAGACUCUAAAGCUGCGCUGCUUUCACUUAGGAGGGGCAGUAACAUUCCCACUGUCUAUGUAUUAAGUCAGGCAUCAGCUCAGUAGUUAAACAGAAGAGCCUUUAAGAUCAGGGUUCAUUCAUAAUUCUUUAAGGACAAAUUUUAGGUGGUAAAAUUUUUAAAUGUCUAAAAGAUACAGAAUGAAGUUAACCUAAAACGCCGAGUGAAGGGUAUUGCUGUGUGACUGUUCCUCACUCACUGUAGAGAAGCAGCUCUGUUCAUCAGGUUGUCCGCUCAGCUCCUGUUAGAGAAUGUUUUCUGCGAUGCUGUAUGACCCAGGUAGAUUGUAGGCCAUUUUGUUACUGUCUUUUAAGAUAGGGUUUCAUGGAGCCUAAGCUGGCCUAGAACUCAGUGGGUAGCCUAUAAGUACCUUAAACUGAUCUUCAUGCCUGCAUCUCCCAAGUGCUGGGGGUGCUGCUGGUGUGCACCCCACAUCAGGACGUUUGCUCUUUUUCAGAUAGAAGUUGCUGGGAUUUCCAAAUUAACAUUAGAUUUUUGUGUUGAGCUCUGUUUACUGUUGAAGAUAAUGUUUAAAUAAUAAGGAUUGGUAGUUCAUGCUAACAUGACAGAGUCCUUGUAAGCUCGGUGAACUUAUUGAUCACCUAACUGAGCCAAAGGAAAGACUCAAUACAAUCUUUCCAAACCUGCUAGGGCUACAAAACUUUUCUGAGACUUAGAUGCCCAUUGGAUUUAUUUUUGUCUCUUUGCGUUUAACAGGACAAACAGAAUUUGAAAUUACAUAUAUGUGGCAUUGUUUAUACUGUAAAAUUGUUUAUAUAUCAUACAAAAAGCUAAUUCUUUGGUAGACUGAACUGCUUAACGGUUUGCUUUUUGUUUUCUUAAGUCAGGUUUUCCUUUAAAUGUCUGUCUCAGUUUUAGUCUUACUUUUACUUCUGUGAAGCAAAUGACUUAAAGGGUGCAUACAGCUACAUAACGUGGGGUUUUGUUGUAAAUAAAUGACAAACUUGGUUUUGCCUUAA